AUUUUUAUCCGUGGGCUAUUCCACAUGCCAUUGGUGCCAUGUUAUGGAGAGGGAGUCCUUCGAGGACGAGGAAAUUGGCAAAAUCCUUAGUGAAAACUUCAUCUGCAUCAAGCUAGACAGAGAAGAGAGGCCUGAUGUGGAUAAGGUCUACAUGACCUUUGUGCAGGCAACAAGUGGAGGUGGUGGUUGGCCUAUGAGUGUGUGGUUGACUCCUGAACUUCGACCUUUCAUUGGAGGCACCUACUUCCCUCCCAGAGACCGUGGAGGUAGACCUGGGUUCAAGACGGUCCUCACCAGAAUCAUAGAUCAGUGGCAGAAUAAUCGUCCUGCUUUGGAGUCCAGUGGGGAGAGGAUCAUUGAGGCCCUGAAAAAAGGCACAACCAUCACUGCAAACGCAGGCCAAAGUCCUCCACUGGCUCCAGACGUGGCUAAUCGCUGCUUCCAGCAGCUCGCCCAUUCCUAUGAGGAAGAGUAUGGAGGCUUUAGAGACGCUCCAAAGUUCCCCUCACCAGUGAAUCUGAUGUUCCUCAUGUCCUAUUGGACUGUGAAUCGCUCCACAUCGGAAGGGGUCGAGGCUCUCCAGAUGGCCUUGCACACGCUUCGCAUGAUGGCACUGGGAGGCAUCCAUGACCACAUUGCACAGGGUUUUCAUCGUUACUCCACAGACUCCUCCUGGCAUGUUCCUCACUUUGAGAAGAUGUUGUACGACCAGGCUCAGCUGGCUGUUGCCUACAUAACAGCUUCCCAGGUUUCAGGUGAGCAGUUUUUUGCAGAAGUGGCUAAGGAUGUACUGCUUUACGUCUCCAGAGACCUGAGCGACAAGUCUGGGGGCUUCUACAGUGCAGAGGAUGCAGACUCUGUCCCGGCUUCGGGGGGACCAGAAAAGCGAGAGGGGGCUUUCUGCGUGUGGACAGCCUCUGAAGUUCGGGAGCUCUUACCAGACGUGGUGGAGGGCACCGCUGGUAAUGCUACGCUGGCUGACAUCUUUAUGCAUCACUAUGGGUCAAAGAGCAAGGACCCCCACGGGGAGCUGCAGGGCCAGAAUGUGCUGAUCGUGCGUUAUUCAGUCGAGUUAACAGCUGCUCGCUUUGGCAUCACUGUCGAGAAAGUCAAUGAGCUCCUGGCCUCUGCCAGAGCCAAAAUGGCCGUAGUGAGAAAGAGUCGGCCACGCCCUCAUCUGGACACCAAGAUGUUGGCCUCCUGGAAUGGCCUGAUGCUGUCGGCCUACGCUCGCGUCGGAGCUGUGCUGGGAGACAAGGACUUGGUGGAGAGAGCAGUGAAGGCUGGGGGUUUCCUAAAGGAGCACCUGUGGGACGCUAAGCAGCAGACCAUCCUUCGAUCUUGUUACCGUGGAGACCAGAUGGAGGUGCAACAGAUGUAA